AUCCUGAGUCAUGUCUGGACGUGGCAAACAAGGCGGCAAAGCUCGCGCCAAGGCCAAGACUCGCUCUUCGCGGGCCGGGCUCCAGUUCCCCGUGGGCCGAGUGCACCGUCUUCUCCGCAAGGGUAACUACGCCGAGCGGGUCGGGGCCGGGGCCCCGGUGUACCUGGCGGCGGUGCUGGAGUACCUGACGGCCGAGAUCCUGGAGCUGGCGGGCAACGCGGCCCGGGACAACAAGAAGACGCGCAUCAUCCCGCGCCACCUGCAGCUGGCCAUCCGCAACGACGAGGAGCUCAACAAGCUGCUGGGCAAAGUCACCAUCGCUCAGGGCGGUGUCCUGCCCAACAUCCAGGCGGUGCUGCUGCCCAAGAAGACCGAGAGCCACCACAAGGCCAAAUAAAGAACCAAGAUUGGAAACGACCAAAUAAACGGCUCUUUUCAGAGCCACUUCUAUCAUCAUAGAAAAGAGUAACACAAUUUACUGCUCUUGAAACUGUUUGUUUACUACGGCUCUGAGACUUGCAACUUGCUGCUGUAGCUGUGUAAGGUAUGUUCUCCUGGUCUGUGUUUCAGAAUUGGAAUUUAAGGGCUGUUGUGAGCCAGAGGAUAUUUGUAUUAGGCUAAUUAGGAAGUUAAGUAUGUGGUAUGAAAGAAGAUUCUCGUAGUCAGGCCUGGCAAGGUCCUCUUAGUUCUAGAAUGAGACUUGUUUGGAACACUUAUGCUGUUUACCAUUUUGGCUUUUUCAAGGAUUGCAGACACCAAGACACUUGCUCUUUCAUUAAAUGUUAACGCACUUGUUUUCAACAAAUACCACACAGGUACCAUACGUUGAUAAAACGUUAGUGAGACACUGCCUGUUCUAAUGAAUGAAAAUCUAAUGAAGAGAAACAAAAGGAAAUAAGGUACAAUGUAGCAAGAAGAGUAAGCACAAUACAACAGGAGCAUAGAGAAGAAAACUUGGUCUGGGGAUUAAAGGAAAUAGAGGAAAGCAUAGGGAUUUCAGCAGAAAACUAGUGUCGCCAGACUCGUGGCUUGUAUGUGCAGGCAAAUGACAAAAAGUUCGCUAUU